AUGCAUAACUAUUACCACAUCCGGCGUACGCAGAACGGGGCCCCCCAUCCAGUCGUCCACCAAAUCCCAAUCCCGCCUCCAGCUCCCCUGUGGGAUCUUGUGUGGGAUCUCAGCUCCGUCCCGGUUGCCCCGAGGAGAACACCCGUUUUUGAACACGACAGGGGGGGGCUUCGGAGUAACCGAACCGACAUGCUGGAUGUCGGCUGGCCAACACAAAAGUUGAGCGGGAUCACUUCGAGGGACGAGGGUAUCUCACGCCGCUCUGGGAGGCCAUCAAGCUUCAAAGCGAUAGCUCCGUCGCCGAACAGAAAUAUCAUUAACUCCUCCUCCUCCUCUGUUAUAAUACAAAGCGAUCAUUUACACGCCGAAUGCCUGCUUAGCUUACGCGAAUGGAGCCUGCACGGAUAUUCAGAUUUUACAUUCCAACAUUAUGCGUAUCGUGUCGUGCAGCAAAUAAAGGCAAAGCGUCAGCUUGAAUGA